UGCAAUAGUUGUCAGGAUUUAAUAACAAAGGUUUGCUUUUUGUGACGUUUGUUAUUGGCCUUUAAGACAAUAUUUUCUUUAUUAAAAUUUUUAAAAUUUAUUUUUAUCGAUAAAUUGUUAGAAAAAAUGAGUGAAUCAGUGACUAGUGGUAGUAGUGGAAAAACUUUGGAGGAAAGAAGAGCUGAACGAAUGAAAAAAUUGCACGAACUUCAUUUAAAACGAAAUGAAGCAAGAACACAAAAUCACAAGGCAGUUGUUGAGGAAGACAAAAGGCAGAAUUUACCAAAAAAUUGGGAAUCACGUAAACGUCAAGCAGAUUGGAUACUGCAAGAUGAAGCUGCACGAAAAGAUGCCGAAGAAAAAGGCUUGGAUUACGAUCGUGUGAAAUUAUUAAAUACAGAAGCAGUUGAAGCUGAACGAUUAUUGCGUAAGCAAAAGAAAAAAAAUCCCGAUCCUGGAUUCUCUGAUUAUGAGCAGGCAACAUUUCGACAAUAUAAUCGCAAUAUUAAGGGUAUUAAACCAAAUAUGGAAUCAUACGAUGAGGCAAAAGAAAAACUUGGUUCAGCAUUUUAUGGCGAUAGAAAUACAAUAUUACAUGGUUUACAUGUAGAUAAAAAAGAUGCUGUCGAUAAAAUGGUUGACGAUUUGGAAAAACAAAUUGCAAAGAGAAAUAAAUACAGCCGACGUCGAACUCACAAUGAUGAUGCAGAUAUUGAUUAUAUUAAUGAGAGAAAUGCAAAAUUCAAUCAAAAAUUGGAACGUUUUUAUGGCGAGCACACGAGGGAAACAAAACUCAAUUUGGAAAGAGGAACAGCGAUAUAAUUUUAUUUUUUUUUUAGACGAAAAAAGAAAAAAAAGGAGAGGAUAAAUCGAAUAAAUAAAUUUAUUUAUUCGAUA